CUGUCGGAGGGCGGAGUGACUUUCGGCUGAUGAAGGAGCGCAGCAGCCAGUAUUACGGGGCACAACGUGGCCCCGCACGUAUUACAAAGGCAAAUAUUCAUUCUGAAACAAUACAGCAUUUUACAGUUCAUGCCUCUCUCUUUUAUUCCUACUUUUAUUUUUAGUCGGUACUGUAAAUAAUUUGUUUUUAAAGUGAAACGUCAAUUAUAUUCAUGCAUCGAGCGAAGAAAGUAGCAGAAACCAAACUAUUGCCGCAAGUCAUUUAUUUAUGAGCGCAAAUGGCGUGAACCGAGCGCGUCGUACAUUAUAAACUUUUAUCACUUCGUGACUAAUCGUGAUAUGGAUGAUAACCCCGUGCUGGAUUUUAAGGACAUCGAGACGAAGGUGGGUCGCAAAAUACCUGAAGGUCUCAUGCGAUCGAUCUGGCAAGGGAGGUCAAAGGAAGCCAAGGAGGAGAAGAUCGCGAUGCCGUGUGACACGGGGGACAAAGCGGGCGCGUCCCGGCGCCUGCAGGGCAAGGUGCUCCAACUCAAGCAGGAGAUGGCACACCUCCGCGCCAUCGACAUCAAGCUGAUGCAGCAGCUGCUGGCGAUCAACGACGGCAUUGAGUCCAUCAAGUGGCUGAUGGAGGAUAAGGGCCCCAGCAGGGACAGCAGCCUGGCGGGUAGCCUCAACAGCCUGCAGGACAGCUCUGAGACCUCCCUGAAGGGCAGCUGCGGCAGCCUGCAGGACAUCAGCGACGGCUCUGACGGCGUUUCCGUCGGGAGCUACCUGGACACUCUGGACGUGGACAAUUUCUCACAGCAGCUCGUUACGGAGGAUGAGUUAGAUAACGAUGCGAAGGCAGAAUUAGACACGUAUUUUUGUUUCAGAUAAUGGAGCGAUAAGCCAGAGGAGAUGGUAGGCUGUUCUUACCGCUGCCUUCUGAUUGGCGGUUUGCUGCUUACCACUCACUGCUCAGUUUAUGGGGGGGAGGGGGCAAGCGAGGAAUUUAGACCACAUAACGUUUAAUAUCAAGCAGCCCUCUUAAAUCAAGCGGAAAAUAAACAUCUAUCCAUAUUUUCACAGCAAAACAAUUAUUUUCACAAACAUGUAUCAGAUAUAUCAUGAUUAAUGUGGUUUAGAUUGAAGAUGGCGUAGGUUUGGUUUCAUCAUUGCUAUGGAUCAAAUCAGCCCCAAACCCCCCACCCCCCUAACCACACGGUACUCCAACUAAUACUGGUAGGGAAAUGUCCCUACUGUCCAUACUACAC